AUGCCACGCAGACAGGGUCGCAGCGGCGGCGGCGAUGCCGACGAGCUGGCUGAGCUGCGCGAGCGUGUCAUCUCGGAGGCGCCCGAGGCCGGCAGCAACCCGCUCCUCACCGAUGCGGAAGAGGUCGAGGCGGACGGCAAGGUGACCUUCUCUCGCGCGCGCCGCUUUUCGGAGCUGCCGCUCUCGCGGCGGACGCUCGCGGGGCUGGCCAGGGGCAAAUGGGAGAAGAUGACCGACGUGCAGCGCGCAACCAUCGGCCACGCCCUCGCUGGGCGCGAUGUGCUCGCAGCAGCACGCACCGGUUCAGGCAAGACGCUCGCGUUCCUGGUGCCGCUACUCGAGCUGCUGUGGCGCGAGCGGUGGAGUGCGCUCGACCGGCUGGGUGGCCUCGUCGUCUCGCCGACCCGCGAGCUCGCUCUCCAGAUCUUUGACGUGCUGCGCACGCUCGGCCAGAAGCACGACCUGUCUGCUGGGCUCGUGAUCGGAGGCAAGGACCAGCAGGAGGAGGCGGCGCGGAUCGCGCCGAUGAACAUCCUCGUCGCCACGCCAGGCCGGCUGCUUCACCACAUCGACCAGACGGCCGCCUCCCGACCUCUCGACGCCUCGGAGGCGACACCAGGCUCACUGCCCCCUCAGGCCGACCGGCUGCUCGACCUCGGCUUCAAGCAGACGAUGGCGGCCAUCCUCGAGGAGCUGCCGCGCAAGCGGCAGACCCUGCUCUUCUCGGCAACGCAGACCAGGCGCGUCGCCGACCUCGCCUCCCUCUCCCUCUCGGAGCCGCAGUACAUCUCGGUGCACGCCGCCUCGAAGACGGCCACGCCGACGCGGCUGCAGCACCACCACAUGCUGAUCGAGCCGGAGCAGAAGCUUGACGUGCUUUGGGGGUUCGUGCGGUCCCACCUGCAGGCCAAGACCAUCUGCUUCCUCUCCUCGCUCCAUCCCGCACAGGUGGCCUUCGUGCAUGCCGCUUUCUCCGCGCUGCGCCCGGGCGUCUCGCUGCUCUGCCUGCACGGCCGGCAAAAGCAGAUGAAGCGGCUGGCCGUCUACACUGAGUUCUGCGCAAAGAAGCACGCGGUGCUGUUUGCGACCGACGUCGCCGCGCGGGGGCUCGACUUCCCGACUGUGCAGUGGGUGGUGCAGGCCGACGCGCCCGAAGACGUUGCCACCUAUAUCCACCGUACUGGCCGCACGGCGCGGCACACCGCCAGCGGCCGCGCGCUCCUCCUCCUCUCGCCCUCCGAAAAGGCCUUCGUUGACCAGCUCUCGGCCGCGCGCAUCGCGACGCAGCGGCUGCGACCGAACAAGCAGCAGGCGGACGCCGCGCGCGCCCAAGCCGCAACGGCCGUUCGAGAGCGCGCCGACAUCAAGUACACGGCGCAGCGCGCCCUGGUGUCGUACGUGCGUUCGGUCAAGCUGCAGGCGGACAAAGCGGUGUUCGACGCCUCGUCGCUGCCGCUGCAAAAGCUCGCCGAGAGCUACGGCCUCGCUGCGGCGCCGCGUGUGCGCAGCCUGUCGGGCGGCGGUAAGGCGAAGGAGGCGGCCAAGAAU